GACGACACAGCUACAAACGUACAUUAGAGUUGAGGUAAGAAGUAGAAGUUACUGUAUUUGACCACAAGUGUGUUAAGAUGUCAAAGGGAGUCUAUGAAAUCCCAGAUAGAUUUGAAGACGAUGAGACUGAUGCAAUGAAGAACACAGACAUCGAUGGCCAAUUAUAUUCCAAUGUAGGAGCCUUCAAACCCAGUCCAAGAGAUGCUGGAGUUGUUGCUUCAGAGCCUGAUAGCUCAGGGAAGAGACCCUUCCUAGUUGCUGCAGUGUUUCUGGGGCUGCUGUGUGUUCUCCUACUGGCUGGGAUCAUAGGCCUGUCUGUCUACUAUAACAGAGUCAUCAAAGAUUCUGAGGAUAAAAGGAAGAACUUGUCACAGAGUUUAUCCCUAUAUAAGACUAACGCAACUGCAGAGAGAGACCAGCUACAGACCAGAUACAACAACCUGACUGAAGAGAAAGACCAGCUACAGACCAGAUACAACAACCUGACUAAAGAGAAAGGCCAUAUUCAGCUAAAGCUUUUUGUGAUGGAGCAGCAUUGUCAGGAGGGAUGGAGAUACUCUGACUCCAGUUUGUACUUCCUGUCUACUGAGAAGAAAACCUGGGAGGAGAGCAGACAGGAUUGUAAGAGGAGAGGAGCAGACCUGGUGAUCAUAAACAGCAGAGAGGAACAGACAUUUGUCUUCAACUUCCACCUGAGAGCCUGGAUUGGUCUGACUGACUCUGUUACUGAGGGGACCUGGAAGUGGGUGGACGGCACAACACUGACCACAGGGUACUGGAGCGCAGGACAGCCUGAUGAUAAUGGGCAGGAGGACUGUGCUGAGAUAUACUAUGGACAAGAUGACCCUGUAAAGACAUGGAAUGAUGAAAAUUGUCACAAAUAUCAUGACUGGAUAUGUGAGAAAGUGGUAUAACAAUAACCCACAGUAACAAACAUUGUCUCUGUGUGUGUCUCUCU